CUGUUUUCCACAUGUAUCCUCACUGUGAGUAUACACAUGUGAUCUAAUGUUUGUAGAGGAAUAGUGAUAAAAAAAAACUGCGAUAUGAGAACUGGACAGAUCAUAUAGCUCGUUAAAGAUACUGUUAGAAGAUGUUGAGUGAUUCUGAGGCUGCGGAGCUGCUCUCCUUCCUAACCCCCGAAACCCGUCCUGAUGUCAAAGGUCACACCACAGGCUAUAUCCUGGGGAUGUCUGGACACAGAGAUGGCUGCCGUUUCCUCCGCUCGAAAUCUGACUUACUCGUGGCCCUGUUUGCUCUGACGUCUGACCCCUCUAUUGCUAUCGUGAAGGACUGUUACCAUAUCUUCAUCAACCUGUCAGCUGAUGAGACUCUGCACCAGGUUUUGCUGGUCAAUGUCAAAGUCCUUCCAGUGUUGUUAAAAAGGGUUCUGGAUCCAGAGUAUCUGUUCUCUGAUCAGAUCUGCACCAUCCUGUCCAACCUGACCCGCCUUGUAAAGACCUGCAAGACCGUGUUCCAGGUCCUCCAGGAGGAGGUCGGUCUGGCUCAGCUGGUGGAGGUCUUCUGCACUGAAGGGUACAACAAAAAGGCUAAUUUUAACUACCUGGGUCCUCUGCUGUCCAACCUGACACAGCUGCCCGAGGCCAGAAACUACAUUAUGGACAAGGACAGGUGUGUAAUCCAGAGGUUGCUUCCCUUCACUCAGUACCAGGCAUCAGCUGUGAGGCGGGGUGGAGUCAUAGGCACCCUGCGCAACUGUUGCUUUGACCACGCCCAUCAUGAGUGGUUGCUAAGCGACGCUGUGGACAUCCUGCCCUUCCUCCUGCUGCCGCUGGCCGGUCCAGAAGAGCUGACGGAGGAAGAAAAUGAGGGUCUCCCUGUGGACCUGCAGUACCUCCCCGAGGACAAGAAGAGAGAAGAAGACCCCGACAUCAGAAAGAUGCUGCUGGAAACACUUUUACUGCUGACGGCCACCAGCGCCGGCCGGAACACACUUAAAGACAAGAACGUUUAUUGCAUCAUGAGAGAGUUCCACCGCUGGGAGAAGGACGUCCACGUUACAGCUGCCUGUGAGAAACUGGUCGAGGUGCUGAUAGGAGACGAGCCGGAGCAGGGGAUGGAGAACCUGUUGGAGGUGGAGAUUCCCCAAGACGUGGAGGUGAAACUGAAGGAGGCAGACAUCAAAGAACAGCUGGAGCUGGAGAAAGAGCAGGAGAGGAUGAGACUGGAGGAGGAGGAGGAGAAGAAGAAGAGGGAUGCAGAGGGGGAAAACAAAGAACAGGAGAGUGGACUGAUCCGAUGAAGCCUGUUUUUAGACCUGGCUUCAUGGACCAUCUGUUGAAGUAACCGCUUUUU